UUUUAGUAAGGUUCGCUCCGACUAACCCUUCUUCCGACGUCGUCUCGGGUUGCCGUCGCUUCCGCUUCUCGUUGACGUCAAUGGCGAAGCGUCGGAUUCCUUUGCUCAACCGUGUUCUGGUGGCGAAGGCCGUCCCUCCCUCCGAGGCACGCGCCGUUCUCCUUCUCCCGGAGAAGAUAACUAAGUGUGAUUAUGGAGUAGUAGUAGGCACUGAGGUAUGUGAUAAAAAUGGAAAUCUUAAUCCUGUGAAGAAUGACUACUCUCUUCUUCUGUCAGAGGAUCAUGGGUGGACUGAGCUGAAGCUGAGGGACAAAAGGAGCAACUGCAUUGGUUUUCCUACCUUGAGCGAAACUGUACGCAGUAGUACUUUAAAGCAUGGAGAGCGCUUGUACUCAGAAGGCUCUAAUAUAAAUAGCAGCUCAAUUCAACUGAAGUCAUAUACACGUGGGCCCAUUUCUCUGAAACCUGUCCUCUGGAGUCGAUAUUUAUCUUCUAAGGCUGGAGCAAAUUCAGGUGAUAAGGAAGACGAUCUAGAAGAUGGGUUUUCCGAUCUGGAGGUACCACUGGAAUCUGUUGAUUCUGUGGAUGGUUCAUGCAAAGAAGAUGAUGAAGAGCUCAUUUCCGAAGGGGAGUUAUCUGAAGAAUAUGAUGAAUCUGCAGUUAGUUCACUCGACUUGGUAGAUGUUGAAGCAAGUGAAGGUGGGGCAAAAAAGGAGCGGUUAAGGCUCUCACAUUCUCCAAUUUUCCAGAUAAUAAUGGACACUCCAAGGAAUUCUUUAACGAGAACACUUGAUAAGUAUGUUGAGGAAGGGAAAUCUCUUGGGAGAGAUGAGAUAUCUCUUGCUGUGUAUAAUCUGAGGAAGCGACGUGUUUACCCAAUGGCACUGCAGUUUGUUGAAUGGCUAGAAGCUAGUAAGAAAAUUGAAUUCGUCGAGAGGGACUACGCUUCUCAUUUGGAUUUGAUUGCAAAGGUUAAUGGUCUACAAAAGGCUGAAAAGUACAUCGAUAAAAUCCCAGAAUGUUUCAGGAAUGAGGUGGUUUACGGAGCUUUGUUGGCUAAUUAUGUUGCUGCUGUUAAUGUCAAGAAAGCAGAAGAAGUGUUUGACAAAAUCAGAGAUCUCCAUCUUCCAAUCACAGCUUUUGCUUGUAACCAGUUGUUGCUGCUCUACAAACGGGUAGCCCGGAAAAAGAUUGCUGAUGUACUCUUUAUGAUGGAAAAGGAAAAUAUAAAACCUACGCUCUUCACUUAUAAGAUACUAGUCGAUGUUAAAGGCACAUUCUGUGACAUAUCGGGUAUUGAGCAAAUUAUGGAGCUGAUGAAAUCUGAAAGUGUGGAACCUGAUUUGAUGAUCAAGUCCUCGGUUGCAAAAGCUUACGUAUUAGCUGGUUUGAAGGAAAAAGCAGAAGCAGCAUUGAAAGAGAUUGAAAGUGAUGGCAUCCAGGAGAAUCGCUACAUUUGCAAAGUUCUUCUCCCUCUGUAUGCUGCCUUGGGCAAAGCAGACGAUGUUGCUAGAAUAUGGAAAGUGUGCGAUACAAAACCUUAUCUGGGUGAGUGCAUAGCUGCAAUAGUGGCUUGGGGUAAGCUUGGGCAAAUCGAAAAGGCGGAGGAAGUCUUCGAGAAGAUGGUCGAGACUUGGAAUUUUUCUUCCAAGUACUACGGCGCCAUGUUAAAGGUUUAUGCAAACCACAAGCUGUUGGCCAAAGGAAAGGAACUGGUUAAUCGGAUGUCUGAAAGCAGAUACCGAAAUGGUCCUUUCAAUUGGAAUGCACUUGUGAACUUUUACGUCGAAUCAGGGGAGGUGCAGAAAGCGGACUUGGUAUUGCACGAGGCUUUUCACCAAAGCAAGAUUAGACCUCUCUAUGGCUCUUUUAUAACCGUAAUGAAUCAAUAUGCUAAAAGGGGCGAUAUCCAUAAUGCCGAAAAGAUUUUCCACAUGCUGAAGCAGUUCGGCUAUGCCAGUAGAGUCAAGCAAUACCAGUCUCUGCUCCAGACCUAUGUGAAUGCAAAGACACCUGCCUAUGGCUUCUUGGAACGCAUGAAAGCGGACAACAUGUUCCCUAACAAGGCUAUGUCCGCACAACUGAUGGCUAACGAUGCAUUGAGGAAGAGUCUGAUCUUGAAGUUGCUUGAUUGAAGGUCGUUCACAAUCGAGUUUUCGGUAAAUUGCUGCUACUGCAAUAUAUCAUUUUCUUCCGCAUGUGCAUUGCAUGUCGAAUUGAUCUCGGCAGUACUAUAUGUAGUUUAUGCAUAUCAAAUUGCAUAACAAGGCCUGUUUUGCUCUCUUAAGAGAACUUUAGCUGAAUCUUGUAGUAUUUGUUUAAAUCCAUGAAAAUAGAAGACAAUUGUGUUUGUUCUUCA